AUGGAGGACCCUCUCUUGGAAGCACCAGAGCUGAGCAAGGAUGACAGAUCUGAUAAUGGCUUCGUCAAUUGGUUUAAAGCUCUCAAUCAGGAGCCCACCUUGGUGCGCUUCUUCGACAGAAAGGAUUUUUACAGCGUGCAUGGAGAGAAUGCGCUCUUCAUUGCACGCACUUUCUACAAAACAACAGCUGUUGUGAAGUAUAUGGGAGGUUCCGCCACCGGCUUGCCAGGCGUCACGCUGAACAAGAAUCUCUUUGAGACCGCAGUGCGGCACCUGCUUGUGGAGAGCGCAGAGUACAGCGUCCAGAUGUUCGAGGGCAGCGGCACGCAAUGGCGGAAAACCAGGGAGGCAUCGCCGGGGAAGCUGGGAGCGUUCGAGGAGGAGCUGUUCCGGAAUGUGGACAUGACAGAUGUGCCUGUGGUGGCAGCCCUGCUGCUGGGCUACUCUGAGGGUGCGAGGACAGUUGGAAUUGCCUUUGCAGACGCGGCGGGCCGGCGGCUGGGGGCGUGCGAAUUUGCGGAUGAUGAGUACUUCUGCGCCACCGAGGCCGUUCUGCUGCAGCUGGGCGCCAAGGAAGUGGUCCUGCCCAAGGAGAGUGAGGCGGCGGCGCAGUCAGCAGACGCAGGGCGGCUGAGGGACGUUGUGGCGCGCUGCAACGCGCUGGGCAGCGAGCGGCCGCGCGCCGCCUUCGGCACGCGCAAUCUCGAGCAGGAUCUGGGCCGCCUUCUCCGCUCCGGAAAUGUGGAGCAGCAUCGCGACGUGCUUGAGCGCCCCCUCGCCUCCGCCGCGCUUGCCGCGGUGAUCGCGUUCAGCGACGUGAUGGCGGUGGACAGCGGGCACGGCAAGUGGAGCCUGGCGCUGUAUGACACUGGGCGCUACAUGCGGCUGGACGUGGCUGCGCAGCGAGCGCUCAACGUCAUGAAGCAGCGCACGGACGCCAACGACUCCUUCUCCCUUUACGGCCUCAUGAACAAGGGCCGCACCGCCAUGGCCAAGCGCCUGCUUAAGGUGUGGCUGAAGCAGCCGCUGGUCGACUUGACAGAGAUCACGGAGAGGCACGACAUCGUGGAAGCCUUUGCGGAAGACCCCACGCUGCGCGAGCGCCUGCGCAACCUGCACCUCCGAGGGCUGCCGGAUAUAGAGCGUCUGACGCGCAAGUUGGAGCGCAAGAAAGCCACGCUGGCGGAUAUGUGCCAGCUGUACAGGGCAUCCUCCCGCCUGCCCAUGAUGGAGGAGGCCUUCCGGGACCAUGACGGCCCACAUGCCCAGCUCCUCGCCACCAGGUAUAGUCUUGCCUUGUGGCAUAUUGCAGCCUGGCCCUCAACGGCGCACGACGACGAGCACCUGGCAAAGUUUGAGGAGCUGCUGGAAGCUGCCAUAGACCUGGACCGCAUCCCAGACGAGUACCUUAUCUGCGCCUCCUACGACGCCGACCUGCAGGGCUUGAGGGAAGAGAAGGACAAGGUGGAAGCGACCAUAAACAAGGUUGCAGAGGACGCAGCAGAUGAUCUGGGCCUGAUCAUGGACAAGACCAUCAAGCUGGAGUGGCACAAGGUGGCCAACACACGGAUGCGCUGCCUGCGCAUCACACAGACUGAGGAGAAGAAGGUGCGGAAGAAGCUGCAGAGCGGGCGCUACAUGACGCUGGAAACACGCAAGGACGGCACCAAGUUCACCAACCGGCCGCUCAAGGAAGCCGCCGAGCGCCUGCAGGCCAUCUCCCGCUCCUACGACCAGCGCCAGCAUGCACUUGUGGAGCAGGUGGUGAGCGUGGCGGCGACAUUCGCCGAGGUGUGGGAGGGCGUAGCAGGCAUGGUGGCAGAGAUGGACCUGCUGGCAGGCUUUGCCGAGCUGGCCGUGUGCGCGCCGCUGCCCUAUGUGCGGCCCACCAUGCUGCCCGCCGACUCCAGCGAGCUCAAGCUCACCGCCUGCAGGCACCCAUGCGUGGAGGCGCAGGAUGGAGUGGAGUUCAUAGCCAACGACUGCCACAUGGAGCGCGGGAAGUCCUGGUUCCAGGUCAUCACCGGCCCUAACAUGGCCGGCAAGUCCACCUACAUCCGCCAGGUGGGCGUGGCAGUGCUGAUGGCGCAGGUGGGCUGCUUCGUGGCGUGUGAGCAUGCGCGCAUCGCCGUGCGCGACUGCAUCUUUGCGCGCGUGGGCGCGGGCGACUGCCAGCUGCGCGGAAUCUCCACCUUCAUGGCUGAGAUGCUCGAGACUGCCGCCAUCCUCAAGGGGGCGAGCGCCAAGUCACUGGUGAUCAUUGAUGAGUUGGGGCGCGGCACGAGCACGUACGACGGCUUCGGCUUGGCAUGGGCCAUCUCGGAGCACCUCAUGCAGGAGAUCGGCUGCCCCACGCUCUUCGCCACCCACUUCCACGAGCUCACAGCGCUGCAGGGGCCGGUGGGUGUGGCAAACAAGCAUGUAGAGACGGCCAUCGACGAGGCCAGCGGCAAGCUCACCAUGCUGUACCAGGUGACGGAGGGUGCGUGCGACCAGUCAUUCGGCAUCCACGUGGCGGAGUUUGCGCGCUUCCCGCCCGAAGUCGUGGAGCUGGCCAAGCGCAAGGCCGCCGAGCUGGAGGACUUCUCCGCACCGGCCCAGGAGUUCUCAGCGCUGCCGUUGGACAAGUUGGAGCCAGAAGAGGCAACGGCCCGGGCGCAGGCCUUGUACAAACAGCUGCUGGCAGAUGCCGCCCAGAUGCCCACGCUGCAGCGGCUGCUCGAGGGCUGA